UCCACUAUUACAUGGUUGUUCUCCAAGCUAGAUCUUUGUCUUCUGCUUUUUCCCCUCCCACAGCUCCAAAGCAUGUGCUCUUAGAGGAGAUGCUACACAACUUGGACUUCUGUGACAUUUUGGUGGUGGGGGAAGAACUUGAACCCAGGCAGGAGUGCUUAGAACUAGACUAUGAUGAGCUGCGGGAAAGACAUCUGGAUGCCACAAAUUCCACAUCAGGCUAUUCUAUCUAUGGUGUGGGCACAAUGACCAGCUAUGAACAGGUUCUUCGCCAAGUCCGGUAUCGCAACUGGCACCCAGGCAGCUUGGAUGAUCGAAAGUUCCAGAUCAAGUGCUCAGAGCUCAAUGGACGCUAUACUAGUAAUGAAUUUAACUUAGAGGUGAAUGUUCUACAUGAGAUCAACCCAGACUCACAACACAUCAACCAUAUGAUUGUGCAGCCUCAAUUCUUACAGUCCAUCCAUCACUCAGAGCCCGAAAUAAGUAGCAUACGUAAUUCAGUCAUUCCCAGCAUUGCUACGGUGGUCAUAAUUGUGUGUGUUGGAAUGCUGGUGUUUGUCGUAGCCAUGGGUGUCUAUCGAAUCCGAGUAGCACACCAGCACUGCAUACAAGAGAGUGAAUCAGCCAAAGAGAGUGAAAUGGAUUGGGAUGACUCUGCACUUACCAUCACUGUCAAUCCCAUGGAGAAAUACGAAGAACCCGGACAUGUGGAAGAGGAGAGUGAGGAAGACGAGGAUGAAGAAGAGGAAGUAGAAGAAGAGGACAGCUCCAGUGAUGACUCAGAUGAUAGUGAAGAAGAGGAAGAAGAGAUUGGCAAGGGCAGAGGUGGGCAAAAUGGCCCCAGGCAAGCCCAGCUGGAAUGGGAUGAUUCAACACUCCCUUACUAGAAAAUCCUGUGGUCCCAGGUAUAUCCCUUUUGUAAACACCAAUACAAUGUAUUCCUGAGUCCAGUUA